GUGUGUGUAUAUAUAUAUUGAACCAACAAACAAAUUAAGUUCAUAUUAGAUUAUUAUAUAUAUAUGGAUUCCAAGCAAAUGUUUGCCACCUUUGUCUUCAUAGCCAUGGCACUACUCCCCACAACCAUUCAUGCAAUUGAGUACAUUGUUGGAGAGGAUAAUGGUUGGACAGAGAACUUUGAUUAUCAAGCAUGGACUAGUGAUAAAGAGUUCAGGGUUGGAGACAUUCUUGUGUUCAAGUACGAAGUUGGCAAGUAUGAUGUAAUAGAGGUAACUCCGGCGGAAUUUUUAGCUUGCGAGGCGUUUUCGGAGGCAGAGCCACCAGUGACUUCCGGUGAAGAAAUCAUCAUACUGUUAAGUGAGGGGUAUAAGUUUUACAUCUGUGGAAAAGAUAAUGGUAACCAUUGCUUAUUAGGACAAAGGCUUGUGAUAGAUGUUCUUCCGGCCAUCACCAAUAUUAAUGUUACUCAAGAGCCUUCACCUUCACCUGAGCACUUUCAUUUGCUUAAUUAAUUAUGAUCACCAUGUAAUUAAAUUAUAUGGUCAAGAUCAACUCCUUUAUAUAAAUAUAUAUAUAUAUAUAUAUGGUGAUCUUGUAUAUUAUAGUAUGUAUUGUCAUAAAUAUUUUAUUAAUAAGAAAAAAAAGAAAUAAAUGAAUAUUUAGAGUAA